GGUCAUAACAUCUAUUUUAGUACAAGCUUUGUCCGUUAUGGAUUUUAGAGUGGUGGGUUUGGAUCAUGAAGCUGGUUUUUCUCCCCACAUUUCUGAUCCUGAGACGAAGCAGAAAACUUUGUACGGAUCUGGGUUUUCUAACAAGCAAGAGAGAUCUGAAGGCACUGCUGAGGAUGAUUACUGGAGAAGCUCAAAGCUGGCCAAGAGUGGUGGUGGUGAUGAUACCGAUUUCUUAGCCUCUAAAGCAAUGGUUUCGCAGAAAAACUCUAGUUUGCUGAGAUCUAAUUCCGGUCUCGGCUUUUUGGAUAAUGGCCAGCCACAAACCCAAAUGCUGAGCUUCUCUACUCCCAAAUCAGAGCCAUUUUUGGCCGACAGGAGCUCUCACAACGCUACAUUGGCUUACAUUCCCAACGCUUUAUCUGCUUACAACGGUAGAAAUAUUACAGGAUUUAACUCCGGGAGCUUGGUUAAUGGUGGAAACACGCAUGGGGAGAAAGGUCUAUUCACUCCAUCACAGUGGAUGGAGCUAGAACAACAGGCCUUGAUCUACAAAUACAUCACCGCCAAUGUACCCAUUCCAUCUAAUCUCCUUAUUCCCAUCAGAAAGGCCUUUGAGUCCGCUGGCUUUUCCUCCUCCCCUAGCCUUCUCAGACCCAACACAUUGGGAUGGGGUUCUUUCCACCUGGGAUUCUCAAACAACGCUGAUCCGGAGCCGGGAAGGUGUCGACGGACGGACGGCAAGAAAUGGCGGUGCUCGAGAGACGCUGUCUCAGACCAGAAGUACUGCGAGCGGCACAUAAACAGAGGCCGCCAUCGUUCAAGAAAGCCUGUGGAAGGCCAAACCGGCCAUUCUCUAGCCGGAGCCGCUGUCAGCACCACCACCACUGCCGCCGCCGCCACUGCCACCUCAUCCUCAUCGGUGGUGACGAUGCCUUGCGGCGGUGCAUCCAACAGCCGCGCCAUCCCCAUUAAUCGUCAACAUAUGCAGAGCUUGGAUAUUGGUGCAUCUAAUUCUUCUGCAGCCACAUCCCACAAUAACAGGAUGUUUGUGAAGGACACUGCGGGCGAGAGAAUUCAAAGCACGCCAGGAGGCCUCUCCUUUCUGUCGAAAGAGAGCUCAUUGUUCAUGACUCGAAAGCAUCACAUUCCGUAUGAUGAGGCAUCGAGAACAGAGUUUGGCCUCGUGACAUCGGACUCCUUCCUCAACCCCACUUCACAGAAGACACAAGAAACGCAACAUUCUCUUGGGCAGCUCAUGGACGCACAACGGGACCGAACUCAGCUCUCAAUCUCCAUCCCCGACAUGGCCCAGGCUUCCUCUGAAUUCAACAGCGAGACCAAUCUCUCGCCGCUAAGGCUGUCCCGCGAGCAGGGCACACCUAGUACCAAUCAUCAUCAGCAUCAUCACAGGCAAGCGAAUUGGAUUCCCAUAAGUUGGGAGACUUCCUUGGGGGGUCCACUGGGCGAGGUUCUUCACCACACCAACAACAACAAUGCUAAUUCUGCUGAUUGCAAAAGGUCUUCCUCCUCGACGUCGUCGGUGCUAAACCUCAUGACGGAGGGCUGGGACACUGGUCCUCCAAUGGGAUCGUCUCCAACCGGGGUUCUGCAGAAGACUGCAUUUGGAUCGCUUUCGAAUAGCAGUGCAGGAAGUAGCCCCCGAGCGGAGAAUAACAAGGCACUUGAAGGGGCUAGCCUUUGCAAUGACCUUCUUGGCUCUGUUCACUUGAACUCCUCUUCCUUGUCGACCUUGUGAUCACCAAUUGCGAAAAGCCAAUUUAGGUGUCUACUAUUAUGUACUGUUAAAUUUUUCGUUUCAGUUGUUUUCUUUUAGUUGAAUUUGGGUGAUGUGUUUCUUCUUCAACCCACAAAUUGGAUAUUUGGAUAAGAUUCGUGGGUUGCUUUUUCUCUUUUGUGCAUUGUGAUGUUUUGAUCUUUUUCUUUUUUUCUCUCGUGCUCGUGUUUGGCAAGACACGAUUUGUUUACUGAUGGCUACUUUUUCAGCUUUUUGCUUUUUUAACGUUGAGAAUUGGUGUUGUUUGUA